CCGUCCUCUCCGUCGCUCUCCUCUCGUCUCCGACCGUCCUCAGACCAUCAGGCACAUGAUCGAGGACGACUGCGCCGACAACGAGAUCCCCCUCCCCAACGUCACCAGCAAGAUCCUCGCCAAGGUCGUCGAGUACUGCAAGAAGCACGUUGAGGCCGCCGCCGAGAGCAAGUCCGAGGACCGCCCCUCCCCCGCCACCGCCGCCGAGGACGAACUCAAGGCGUGGGACGCUGAUUUCGUCAAGGUCGAUCAGGCCACGCUCUUCGAUCUGAUUCUGGUCGGUCAGUUGCUGCUCUCUUAGAACCCUAAUUACUGAAAUUUCAAUUGAUUGUUUGUGAUGUCGACGUUUCUCAUAACUUCGAUAAUUGCAGAGGCCGGUAAAUUUGUGAUGAACAUAUGUUUUUUGGUGGAUGAGUUAUGAGUGUUGUUCUUG